AUGAAUAUUGAUGUCGGGUCGGGAAGUGAAAACAGCCUUGAGAAUUGGGAAAAGACGAAUAAGUAUCUUCGACUUGAUGCAGCAACAAGAAAGAUAUUGACUUGCGAUGUUUGGGUUAAAUGGAAAGCCAAACUUCCUGGGACAAACGCCUUUAUUACUGGGUCUACCAAUUUAAAGUCAUCGGCUGUUACAGGACACGUUAAAAGUAAAUUUCAUAAACAAGCUUUGCGACUUGAAGAACAGGAACCGGCAGCCACCGAGAACAAAAAUGUGCGAGUGCAGUUACCGCCAGUGCCACCUGAUGCUCCCAUUGCCCAGACAAUCAGCAAUAUGGGAACGCUUACACCUGAAGAAAGAAGCGCCAUGCAGAAUCUCUUUGACAUUGCAUGUAUGAUAGCAUACAAGGGACGGCUUUAUUCUGAUUUCGUUGAUCACGUAGAGAUUGAAAAGUUAAAUGGAAUGCAGUUUAUGUCCGGAGGUAUGUACCUACGAGAAUGACAAAGGCUGCUUGCUAUUGAUUCCUUUUGCAACAAAAGCACUAUACGAGAGUCUGGUCAAGGAUAAAGUCAAGAGAACAAAUUUUGUAACUGUGUUAGCUGACGGGGUGACUAAUGCGGCGUGUGCAUAGAGAAAGAAGUCAUCUAUAUUCUUUUUGUAGAUCCAGAUGACUUUAAAGCUUCACUUGCUUUUCUAAGUUUGAAAUCGGUGGAAUCGCAAGAUGCGCAAGGGAUCACAGGCGCUAUUAUCGAUGCCUUCAAGGAAUGUGGUUGUUGUAGGUUUGGGUUCAAAUUUAGGCGGAUAAAUUGA